AGACUGUACAUGAAUAAUGUGGACGUUCUCCCUUAUGGACACCGAUUCUUUUAUGUCUAUAACAAAGCUGUCAGCAUCUGUUUUUAAAGGAGCAUCCAAGCUAUAAACGUGUUUCAGGCCUAUUGUGAUUUCCCCGACUAACCCCCUGGGGUUCCACACGUUUGGGCUUGGCAUCACUGGGAGAACGAAACGGCUGUAUGAUUGCAGUUAUACAUCCAGUAUUCCGUAUAUAUACUGUAUAGGAUGUCAGAAUAUAGGAGAGAUAUGAAUCCUGACCCCACGGGUCCGCCUGCGAAGAAGAGUCGCCUUUCUAACGGUCGGGCCCAACCGACCCAACAGACGGAAUGUGCCAAACCGAUUGUAGGGAAUAAAAGAAAACGGAAUGAGACUGACACAGGAUGUCAGCCCACACCCAAAGUUAGCCAGCUUAAACUGACAAAUAAGGAGGUCGGUCAGCCAUCAAAUGAUGGAGACCAAAAUGACAAUGGUGAAAUCGAACACAAGUAUUGCAUCGGAGUAAUGCCCUACAUGGAGCCUCGUCCUGUGGAUAGGUGGUAAGGACCUGUUGCAGCUAUAUGGUGAUUUUGGCCCACAGAGCUUUUUCAUUAAAAAUGAUUGAUUCAUCAAAUAUGAUAAAUUCCUCAUAACUUUUCGACAUUUGGAAACCAUUUUCUCAUUUGGCCAACAGGUGGCGCUUCAGUCAAUAGCAUAUACCAGAUGGCAGCAUGACCCGUCAAUAACAGCUAAAAAAAUGUAUAAAUUCAGACAAAAUGUUGACAACUAUACUCUCUUUUUGAAGCCUGAUCUUGUGCACUUACGAACACGUAACAACUAUAUAAAAAGUGUAUUUCAUAUUUAUGUGAGAACAAUUCAAAAUAUAAAGACAGCUCUUUUUGCGAAUUAGACCUAUAAUAAAAUCCAUUUAUUCAACAAUGUUCGUAUUUGAGUGCAGACAACUUUUUACUUUUAAAAACAUCUUUACCAAUCAUAUAAACAAAUGCCAAAAUUUUGUAUAGCUAAACCCCUGGCCAUUGAGCCAUUUUUCAAUUCAAAGAUGCAUUACCCCUAUUUUUUUGAGUAUAUCAAAGUACUGGAAGUACUGAGAGUCAAUACGGGAUUUUUCUCAUGCUACAGUUUCGAGUGAAAAUGUCUACUUUUAUUGCAUAUAAAGUGCCUCUUGAAUGAUGUUUUGUUGAUUUAUGAAUUAUUUUAUUAUGUACGCGUUCUUAACAUCAGAUAUCAGGUGUCUAUGAUAUAUCUCCGUUCACUUUUAAGUACAAAUGCAAACAAUGUACACAUUGCACACCACAUUAUACCUCUCUUCUCUUUACAAACACCAUGAACACCAUACCCAUUUUACUAAAAAGCAGGAUGAUAAAAAGAUAACGUCAGUACAGGUUAAAUUUCAUGUUGGUGGUGCUCAGAAUUAUGAUUUUUGAAGGAAAAACAUAUGAUUUGAACUGUAGCAAAGAUGGCGAGUUGAGUAGUGAUAUGUAUUCCCUUUUCCUCGUCCAAAGCCAAGUAGCCGAAUGAUUUGGAAUA